AACUCAAGAAAGUCAAAAAACUUGAAAAAGUACAAGAAGUGUACCCGAAGCACGUAGGGCACAUCAUUGAUUUACGAUUCACCAGCCGCGCUUUUGGUCUAUAGCUUCUCCUUUCUUGUCAUUACUAGUAUGCUGUAUGUUGUUGUGCAUGGGUAGCCGGUAAAUUGAAAAGGCUAAGGAAAUGUUGCAAACGAAGCGAGCUCAGAAAACCAAGAAAAAAGCGUGUGACUAUGGGAAACAGGCAGCUGAUGAUCAUAGGGCUAAGGACCCUUGGGAAGAGGAGUCUGUGAAAGCAUCAGUAUACGAUGUGUCAUCCCCGUCAUCUGAGUCCUCGUCCUCGUCAGUCCCCUCUGGUUCAAGUUGUGCUGGGAGCUCUCAAUUCACCUCACGUACCCUCUCUACCACCAGUACAAAGAGAGGCUGCGCAGCCAGUGGCAAGGCUGGUACUGCCGUGGGCUAUGGUCGCCAGAAGGUCGGUGGCACCUACAGCAAGAAGAAACAGCCAGCGAGCACUGCAUCUACUGCAGCCAUGCGUGGAAGGAGUUCAAGAACGGCACAGACGUCACGGUCAACAUCGCAGACUCAGAAAGUGAAAGAUACCUGGAUGUUUGGCACAGCUGCUGAGAAAGAGAACAAAGCGCUUGCAGUAAAAUCUAAAACAAAGCAGGCACAGAAGAGUCAGAAGACUGAUUUGGAGUAUUCUGACUUCUUCGAGGAGAAAGCUCCAAAGAAGACUGCCUCCGCUCUGGCAAGUGGAAGUUCAACGGCAACUCGGGCUAAAAGUGAUUUCAGAUUGACGCAUCGACCGUCUGAGACAAUAAUUCCGGAAACACCAGAAGCUCAGUUUACUACGGGCGGCCGAGGCAAGAGGGUGCUGGGCGAUGGGAGAUCACAACCUAUGCCUAGUUUUGUACCAGAUUCGCCUGAUUUCAGCAUUUGUCCGGAUGAUUUUCAAGCAACAUCCACACCGUUUUGUGGCAACGCUGCGGCUAGCGGUCGCACGUUAUCACGUGUUCCGGUUGCCAAUCCAACUACAGGGUGCAGUCGGAACGCUACGGCCCAUUUUCGGCCAGCAAUGUCCACACCAGUGUGUGAGGUCAGCUCAGCAGCCGGUGUUCGAAGCUCAGCACCUAUUCCAGUGUUUGGUCUGACGCCGGCUGGCGGGCAUGACAGUCACAGCGAGCAUGCAAGCAGUACUCUACCGUCUAACGACACAUCGCAUGGUCCUGCAAGCAGUACUCUACCGUCUGAUGACACAUCGAAUGGUCCUGCAAGCAGUAGCCACCACAGCGAUGCGGCAGUUGGCAGCAGUGAGGACGAUUCUUCUUUGAUGGACACGGGCGUGUGCAAUCAUGGUGGUACUCAGCAACCAGUAGCAGCUGCAUGUCAGUUACAUACCACCAGCAGCAGCGGCAGCAGCAGUAGCAGCAGCGGCGGCGGGGUCAAUACUGUGAGCAGUGGUGAGAGUACUGAGAAUACCAGCGUGCAAUCUGAAGACAAGGCCAGUGACGUCUGCGACGUAAGCACGCCAGAACCCUGCCGUCGUCGCCGCCCUACCCGAAACACCACUCGCCAGGACAAAGCUCACCGUACGUCACUAGCCCUGCGGUGUAGUCGCUACUUCAUCAAUGCUCAACCAUCUGCAAGCCCCAUGCCUACAACUAUUGUCAUUGAUGAUUCCACAGUUGAAGAAGUGGAACAUCAGCUGGGUGAUAUGUCUAUAUCGGAUGCUGCGACUCAUCAACGUUCUGCUAGCGAGGUGUUUCCUAUUGUUUGUCAAGAGAAGAGCGGUGUUAGCACCUCCAUGAAUGGAGUGAGCCCUGCCUUGUCCACUGACCCAGGCAGCAAGGCUAGAGCUGCAGGCAAGGAUCACAGCAGGAAAACGCCCGUUCCGCUCGAUCCCAGAGUGCUGGCGCGGCAUAUGGAUGCAAAUCUGAUUGGUGACAUGACAAUAGCAGACUGGGUAUUUCCUCUCACACCGGCGGUGCAAGCAUCCCCCAGAGACCAGCUACUGGCAAUCUGUGGUCAAAUCAAACCUAUACCAUUUAGUGACAUCUUCACGAAAAGCAUGCUACGUCAGUGUCGCAAGGUUGGUGAGGGUGUCUAUGGCGAAGUGUUUGUUGCUACUAAUGGUCAUUCUGAACAAGUCGCACUCAAGGUGAUACCAAUCGAAGGAUCUCAUGUGGUCAAUGGCGAGCCGCAGAAAACCUUUGCAGAGAUGAUUCCAGAGAUGCUCAUUUCAACGCAGCUGAGUGGGCUAGGUGAUACCGCAGGUACCAGCUCCUGUAGCAAUCAGAACUUCACUUCAAACUUCAUCAAGUUGCACCGUGUUGCUUGUUGCCAAGGGGCCUACCCAAAGUCGCUGCUCAAACUUUGGGACACUUGGAAUCGUGACCAUACGUCGGAGAACGACAGGCCAGAUUUCUACCCAAGUGGUCAGCUGUUCAUUGUGUUUGAGUUUGCGAAUGGUGGCCGGGACCUGGAACAUAGUGAGAUGAGUAACUUUGGCCAGGCCAUCAGCGUCUUCCAGCAGGUCACCAUGGCGUUAGCUACAGCAGAGAGGGCUGUGGAGUUUGAACAUCGUGAUCUACACUGGGGUAACAUACUGCUGAGAGAAUGCGCUGACGAUGACAUCGUUACAUGCCGUAUCCAGGGCGACCAGCAUUCCGUAGCGUCGGCUGGUUUUCACAUCAGCAUUAUCGACUUCACACUGUCACGGCUCAUCCAUGAUGGUACUACAGUCUUCUGCGAUCUAGCAGCAGACCCGACUCUCUUCACGGGUAAAGGCGAUUUCCAGUUCGAGGUCUACAGACUCAUGCGCACGGAGCUGGGCAAUGACUGGAGUCAGACCAAGCCGCUGACUAAUGUUAUUUGGUUACGCUAUCUUGUCGAUAAGCUACUGCACGCCGUGACCUACACACAAUCGCAGCGUUCUGCCGCUCAGCGCAGCAGCAAGGCUCGCCUUACACGCCUGCUGCAGCGCCUCAAGUCCAAGACUUACGACAGCGCCUGGUCUGUGCUGCUCAACGAUGAGAUAUUCAAGUGUUGAUCCAUGUCUGUAGCUGCUGAAACGAUGAGCUAUUCAAGUGUUGAUCCAUGUCUGUAGCUAUGUCUGUAGCUAUGUAUGUAGCUAUGUCUGUAGCUAUGUCUGUAGCUAUGUCUGUAGCUAUGUAUGUAGCUGCUGAAAUCCUCACACCUGUACCUGUACCUGUACGCCAGGGACAUAUUCUUACGAACUAACUGAAUUCAUAAUUGCUCAAGCCCAGCAUGCUCCAGCCCAGCAUGCUCCUGAAACACAUUAACUUUCCCUCAUGAUACAACUGCCAUGAUGCUCAAAUAACCAUGGUAACAUCACAUUGCGCCCUCAGUCAUGAAACUAUCUUUUCCUUUUCAGCCGGUGAUUUUUGGGGGAGAUGUGUGAAAGCAUGUUAGAGUUGGCUUACCCCCGGCCGGCCUGUUAGUAGCACUUUUUUCUCACUGGCAUUGAGGACUUUACUACAACUACUUCACGUACUGCAUUGUACUACAUUGUAGUAGUAGCAUUCUACUUCACAAAGUAUGUGUUUUCUUGGACAAAAUCUUCUUGUCGCCAAGUGUUAGCAACUUAGCGUACAUAUGAUAGAGCUGCUCACGUGUGCGAUAUGACAACA